GCUGCUCUCUCCCAAAUUCCCUAGGCAAUUCAAGUCACCUCACGAAGAUGGCUGAACCUGCAGGAAUACCAGAGCAAGAAGCUGAUGUCGGACAACGGAGUGAAGGUGCAGAGAUUCUUUGUGGUAGACACUGCAGAUGAGGCUCUCGAGGCAGCGAAGAAACUAAAUGCAAAAGAAAUCGUUUUAAAAGCGCAGAUCUUAGCUGGAGGAAGAGGAAAAGGUAUCUUCAACAGCGGACUGAAAGGUGGCGUUCAUUUAACAAAAGACCCUAAAGUUGUAGAAGUACUGGCUAAACAGAUGAUUGGGUAUAAUCUAGCAACGAAACAAACUCCAAAAGGAGGUGUGAAGGUUAACAAGGUGAUGGUGGCCGAAGCCCUGGACAUUUCCAGAGAAACCUACCUGGCCAUUCUGAUGGAUCGGUCCUGCAAUGGCCCUGUCCUGGUGGGCAGUCCCCAAGGCGGUGUUGACAUCGAAGAGGUGGCAGCUUCUUCUCCAGAACUCAUUUUUAAGGAGAAAAUUGACAUUUUUGAAGGUAUACAGGACAGCCAAGCUCAACGAAUGGCAGAAAAUCUAGGCUUCCGUGGGUCUUUGAAAAAUCAGGCUGCAGAUCAAAUUAAGAAGCUGUAUAAUCUCUUCCUGAAAAUUGAUGCAACUCAGGUGGAAGUGAAUCCCUUUGGUGAAACUCCAGAAGGACAAGUUGUCUGUUUUGAUGCCAAGAUUAAUUUUGAUGACAACGCAGAAUUCCGUCAAAAGGACAUAUUUGCCAUGGAUGACAAGUCAGAGAAUGAGCCCAUUGAAAAUGAAGCCGCCAGAUAUGAUCUGAAAUACAUAGGACUGGACGGGAACAUUGCUUGCUUUGUGAAUGGUGCUGGGUUGGCCAUGGCAACUUGUGACAUCAUUUUCCUGAAUGGUGGGAAGCCAGCCAACUUCUUGGAUCUUGGUGGUGGAGUAAAGGAAGCCCAAGUGUAUCAAGCUUUUAAACUGCUCACAGCGGAUCCUAAGGUUGAAGCCAUCCUCGUCAAUAUUUUUGGUGGAAUUGUGAACUGUGCCAUCAUUGCCAAUGGCAUCAUCCGAGCUUGCCAGGAGCUAGAACUCAAGGUGCCCUUGGUGGUCCGACUUGAAGGAACCAAUGUCCAGGAGGCCCAGACCUUACUCAACAACAGUGGACUCCCCAUUACUUCAGCCAGUGACCUGGAGGAUGCAGCCAAGAAGGCCGUGGCCAGUGUGGCAAAGAAGUGA